UCUCGCGCUUUGAGGGCUUUCAUGAGUCCUCCUGCUUUCCGUAGUGAGACCGAAGGGGGCGGGACCGGUAUGGCGGCCAAGAUACUAAAGUAUGCAGCGCUUCCUGCUGCUGUAGUGGGUUUGGGCUCAUUUAGGAUUUAUUCCAUGAAUGAGAAAAACAAUAAGGAGCUAGUAUCUCCAAGAGAGUUGUCUAUCUACUCCCCAGAUGUUGCUACUGUGCCAUUAGUGGAGGAGCCCCCUGGUGUAGUGCAGACGGGACUGGGGGCCGUUAGGACAGGCCUGCAGCCGUAUGCCAGAGCCUUGCAGAGCGCCUUAACUUCAGUCAAAGUUGGUGUGAUAUCUGUUUACCUGGCCGGGCAAGACACGUAUCACUUCCUUCGAGAUCCACCUCCUGGCUUCCUGCCAAGAGUGGGUGUCAUCGGUGUGUCUGGAUUGGGUGGCCUGGUUCUGGCACGCAAGGGCUCUCGUUUAAAGAGGAUUUUUGCACCUCUUGGGCUGGCCACUGCUGGUACUGCUGUCUGUUACCCCACACAGACUGUAGCAGUCCUGAAGAUCACGGGUAAAAAGAUGUAUACUGUCAGUUCAUCUGUUGCUUCAAUGUUGAAAUCCAAACCAAAGGAAGAUGUCAUGUCUGCUGUUAGCGUGGAGUCUGCUGUUGCUGUAACGAGCCCAGAUACAGAAUCAACCGUUAAAGCACUUCCUGAACCCUCGGCCGAGUCUGAGCCGUCCCCUGCCGUUUCAGAGGAGGAAGUUACACCAAUAUCCAAAGCUGAAUCAGUGGAAUUAUCUCCAGUAGCUGAUAUUGUAUCAGAAGAUGUUGUAGAACCUCCCUCUGUUGAUUUAACAACUGGAAUUGCUUCACCACUCUCUGAACCUGAAUCUCCCCCUGCACUUGAGACUGCCUCAGUUACAGAAACUCCCCCUGAACCUGUUGAUGGUACUGUCCGAGAUGCAGAAUCCACCCUAGAGCCUGUUGCUGAAACUGUCAAAGAAAGCACUCCUGAGGCCCCUGUCCCACAGCCUGCCUCAGAAGCAGCACCUGCUGACUGUGUUGAAGACACUGCUCUUGAGCCAACACCUUCCGCUGACACAAAUAUUACCCCUCUGGAGGAGUCUGAUCCUGAAAUUGUCCCAGAAGCUGCCCCUGCUGGUCCAGAAUUUGAAGACCCUGCACCUACGGUUGUUUUAGAGGAGGCUACGCCCUCAACUACAUCUACAGUAGAGGAAACCACACCCCCUGCCCCCAUCCUUUCAGAAGAUAACACCCCAACCAAAGUAGAUGAGGAACCGGCUUCCGUUUCCCCAACCCCUGCUGAAGAAGCCAUUCCCCUGACAGCAGAAGAGGCUCCAGCUUCAUCUCAACCUCCUGUCCUUGAGCCAGCCACAAUAAAGUCAAGCUUUGUUCCUGACCCUUCUCUGCUGGACCACGGCCAGUCUAAUCCAGAGGACGCAGACAUGUACAGCACACGGAGCUGAAUGAGUGAUAGAGUAACUGCAGAUGAGAAAAAGAUGGAAUUGAUGAGAUGUUUUAAUGUGCCAUGUUUCCAGCAGUUUAAACGUUUUGUAAUCGUUUAAUUACAAAAUUAUUAUUUUACCAAUAAUGUGAUGUGGUGAGGAAGGUAUGUCAUGUUUCUUUCGUUCUGUGAUGCUUCACACCUCAGCAGGGAUAUCAAACACUAACACACGUUUAUGUGUUGUUAAUACACGUUGUCCACUGUGUUUAGUAACUUAGCUCUUUCUCAGUGUGACACUACGAAGGAAAAUCCAGGCACAGGGUUACAGUGUUUUAAUAAAAAAGCCUGUGGUCCCUUAGUCUCAUCUCCUGGUUUAUUUCCAGUAGCCACAGGAAGUUUGUGUUCCUUUUAUUCAGUUAAAAUUUUCAUAUAAAACUGGACCACACCAAACACUUUAUUUUAUAUAUAAACAAAACAAAAAUAUUUGACUUAUACAUGAGUAUUGUCUAAAAAUACGCUUUAGCGACAAAAUCUUGUAAUCAGACUUGGAAAAUGUGAAGAAUGAUCUAUGCAAAUAUUCCUUCACGCCAUAUUUUAAAUUUCAAUAGGGCUUUUCACACUGCGCGAAACGUUGUUCUAAAGCCCUCUUUAACACCGGGUAAUGGGUUAGCACCGCUUUUUACUAAUAUUUAUUAUGUUAUUAUGACCAAUUUUGCGGUGACAAACUAACUUACAGCGCGAAACUUUUCAACAGAAUGUUUGCUUUGGACAAUCACACCAGCACCGCCUGUUGUACUAUAAACGUUAAAAGUGACUGAGUGAAAACACGCGAAUUGGAGUAAAGAGACUUAUUUAUUCUUACCUUUAGAAUCCAAACAGCAUCUUCAGGGACAAUAACCAGGUAAUAUAUUGAAUGAAGAUGCGCAAUGCCAGAGCCUCAUGUAAACAGGUCCAGUGCUGCAUUAGUCCAAUCAAUGACGCGUCACGUAUACCGCAAAUGAGAACGUUAAACCCGGGUUUAGGAACGUACAGUGUGAAACGUCAGGAUUAAAAAAAGAGCCCGUUCUUAUCCCAAGGCGUCAUAUACGACACCUUUGCCAAAGCAUAGACAUCCAAAGCACAUGGCUCACUUCGGCGUCAAAUGAAACGCAGAUAUAUAUGGGGCAGAAGGCGCCUCCUAGUGGUCUAACCCUAACCCUACCCCAUACCUAAACCUACCAUAACCGAAGCGUCUCAUUAGACGCUAAAGGGUGCCAUGUGCGUUGGAUGUCUACGCUUUGGCAAAAUUGUUGUAUAUGACGCCUUGGGAUGAGAAUGUAUUGGUAUUAAUUGUUAACACCGAGUAAUGUAUGAACAGUGUGCAACAUAGAAAGACCCAGUCAACUAUUUCAAGUGUGAAAAGUCCUAGUAUUUCUCAGAGGGCACUGACAGUGCAGAGUGAAUGUUUUACAUUAAAAUAUUUAAUUUAUACUGUCUUUACAUGAAUCUGUUGUCUGUGCAAAGGAAAAAACAGGACAUGAAAUAAAUAGAUUUAAA